AUGAGGAACCUACUUUUGGUCCUUGUGGUCCUAGUCUUGCUCUCCUAUGUUCCACCAGUUAGAAGUGGGCCAAAUGCUUUCAUACGACAAAUGUUUUCUACAUGCUGGCGACUAAAAGGAAGUUGCAAGAAAAAAUGUUCAAAAGAUGAAGUGUUUCACAUUAUGUGUGACAAUAUGUCUUUAUGCUGUGUCUCAAGUGCUCAUUUACCUAUGAUGGGUCCGGGGUAG